GGAGCUCGUGGUGAAAGCCCCUCUGUGCCCCUGCUGGCUUCGUGCCAUACCUUAGACGUGUCACUUCAGGUGUGGCCUCAGCGGACGAACAUUCACAGUCUCUGCAAUAGUGUCACAUGCCUAUCUCAUAACGUCGCCGCCGUGCAGUAAGACAGGUAAUGAAGCAGGACUUCUGGACUUUUGGACCCACUAACAGCGCAUAUAAGCCCUCCAGCGCAGCCACAGGCAUCUCGCACCCGACCAGCACCAUGGCUGCCUUGGUUGUAAUUCUUGGAAUUUCUCUCCUAACUGUACAAACGGCUGGUCAGAACAUUCGCUGGUGCACGGUGUCUGUGCAGGAAAUGGCCAAGUGCAAGGCCAUGUCAGAAGCGUUCUCGGACGCAUCCAUUCGUCCCAAUCUUCACUGUGUGAGUGACACGUCUGUGGCUGGUUGUGCCGAGCGACUCAGGAAAAAGGAAGCUGAUGCCUUCUCCGCCAGCGCCUCAAACCUUUAUGACAUGGGCAGACAGGACACACUGAAGAUAGCUGCCGGGGAGUCUGGCCCAGACCAUGAGGGGUUGACCUACUAUGCGGUCGCCGUGGUGAAGAAGAGCUCGACGGUGACGGUGAAUAGUCUGCGGGGCAGGAGGUCUUGCCACACAGGGAAGGGUCGCACCGCCGGCUGGAACAUGCCGAUCGGCCACCUGAUAGACAGCGGGAGGAUGUCAGUCAUGGGAUGUGACAUCUCCAAAGGAGUGUCUGAGUUCUUUAAUGCUAGCUGUGUUCCUGGGGCCGUGGAGGCGGGGGACCCGGCGUCUCUGUGUAGUCUGUGUGUGGGAGACGGAGCAGGGGGCCACCGCUGUGAGGCUAGCGCCCAGGAGAGAUACUACGCCUACAGCGGAGCAUUCAGGUGUCUAGUAGAGGGUGCAGGGGAAGUGGCCUUUGUGAAACACACCACAGUGCCAGAGAACACAGAUGGUCAGGGUGAAGAGUGGGCUAACGGUCUGCGGUCUGGUGAUUAUGAGCUGCUGUGUCGUGACGGGACUCGUGCCCGCGUGACUGAGUUUCAGCGCUGCCAUCUGGUGCGGGUGCCCUCACGGGGCAUCGCCGUGGGCAACGACGUCGACCCCGACCAGGUGUACAACAUGCUGAUGGAGGGUCAGAGGAAGUCUGGCUUUGCGAUGUUCCAGUCGGUUGAUUUUGACGGCACAAACCUGCUGUUCAGUGACAGAUCCACAACCUUAAUCAAGGCCAGCGGCGCACACCACAUAGACUGGAUGGGCCACACGUACUACCACGCCCUCAGGGCUAUGGACUGCUCCAGUGCAGAAAUCCCAGAGUUCCUGCGCUGGUGUGUGCUGUCCAGCGCGGAACAGAACAAGUGUGUGGACAUGGCUAAGGCUUUACUCUCCAAGGGCCUCACCCCCAAAGUCCAGUGUGUGUUUGGAGACUCAGUGGACCACUGUAUGCAGAAAAUAAAGAAUAAUGAGGCGCAUGCCAUCACCCUGGAUGGGGGUUACAUUUACACAGCAGGGAGGAGCUACGGCUUGGUGCCAGCUGCAGCAGAGAGCUACACAGGUGACACUGAUGGCAGCGUGUACUAUGCUGUGGCGGUGCUGAAGAAGAGUAACACGAAUAUCCGCCGCCUGUCUGACCUGCGUGGGAAGAGCAGCUGCCACACGGGUCUGGGUCGCACCGCCGGCUGGAACGUCCCAGUGGGUCUGCUCAUCCAGCGUGGACUCAUCGCACCCCACAGCUGCCAGAUAGAGGAGGGUGCUGCUGGGUUCUUCAAAUCAAGCUGUGUGCCCGGGGCCAGUUUGCCUGCACUGUGUGACCGCUGCAUCGGUGAUAACUCCGGCCAAAACAAGUGUGAGAAGGGCAAGGAUCUGUUUGACGGCUACACCGGGGCCUUCAGGUGUUUAGCCCAGAAUGCCGGAGAUGUGGCUUUUGUGAAACACACUACAGUCUUCCAGAACACAGAUGGUAACAACACUGAGCAGUGGGCUGUGCACCUGCAGUCUAAGCAGUUCCAGCUGUUGUGCAGCCAUGACACGCGCGCUGAGGUCACUCAGUUCCGCAACUGCCACCUGGCACGGGUGCCCUCUCACGCAAUCAUGGUGCGACCACAGCUCAACCACCACGCCAUCUACGGCCUACUGGACAAGGCACAGGACUCCUAUGGUAGCGAUCUAAGCGCAGAAUUCAGGAUGUUUGACUCUUCGAAGUAUGGCGGUUCAGACCUGCUGUUCAAAGACUCCACCCUUCGCCUCAUCGGUGUCGGGGAGAGACGGACCUAUCAGGAGUGGCUGGGCCAGGAGUACCUGGAGACACUGGUUGCCAUGGAGUGUCCAUCCUCCACUGCGGGCCUGUCAAUCACCUCCCUGGUCGCAGUUGUGUUUCUGAGUUCCCUGGUCUCCUUACUGGCUGUGUGACUGCAGUGAUGUCAGUUUCCAGCAAGGGUUGCCGUUCCUCUUCUCGUCUCGCCGUCCUUCUUACACUGCUUUAUGCCAGGCUGCUUUGGGAGUUAGGCUAGCUGGCAGGUAUAGCCUAGGGUUAGGUUUAGGGUUAACCCUGGGGUAGCUAGCAGGUAUAGCCUAGGGUUAGGGUUAGAGUGGGGGGGUUUGGUAGCAAGUAUAGCUUCAUUUUCUUAUUUGAUUGUGAGGAUUGGAUCAUUUUGCACUUGAUGUACAACAUUCAAAUACGAUAAAAUUACUGAUUGUUUAAAGGGAGACGUGUUGAAAAGACUUCUGACUUUAUAGAUAGUGGGUGUUUAGCUGGAAGCAUUUAUCAACACUGCUUUCUUUUGAGUAUUACUGAUGUCAAGUUUAAGAUUAAGAUUGUUGAUUAGCAUAUUCCCAGCUAUAUUUGCCACAGUACUGAAGGCAACAGCCAUAUCAGUGAGUAUGCAUUGCCUGUUACGUACCUACUGCAGUGUUGUGUGAUAGAGCCUCCCGCUGUUUUUUACUAGGAUGUUUAUGUGUGUUGACUACUUGAAGGCACGAGCCGUAUCAGGGAAUAUGCCUUGUCUUCUGGAUGGUUUAGGGUCAGUCAGACUGAAAUGGACCAGAUGUUUUCAGCAUAUGUUCUCCCCAAAUUAAUUUCAUAAAAGUUUAGAUUGAACUGUUUACCUGGAUGUAAAACAAUCAGUCUUUUUAAUGUUAAUCUUCUGUUUGUGCUGUGUGAUGAUUUUAUUCUCAAAUGGAAGCUGUAGUUUCAGCAGUGACAAUGCUUCAGUGAGAAGCAUUUUGAGCGCAGAUGUCAGCUAGGGUCAUCUUUGGAGAGAACAUUUAUGCUGUUCACACUGUGUUCCUGUGCAGUGUUACCCAAACCACCCGUGUUCCUGUGCAGUGUUACCCAACAUCUGCAUUAGGGUACACCCUGCACUCUGCAUUAGCGUACACACUGCAUUAGGGUACAUCCUGCACACUGCAUUAGCGUACACACUGCAUUAGGGUACACCCUGCACACUGCAUUAGCGUACACACUGCACACACUGCAUUAUGGUAAAGACUACAUUAGCGUACACACUGCAUUAGCGUACACACUGCACACACUGCAUUAGGGUACAUCCUGCACACUGCAUUAGCGUACACACUGCAUUAGGGUACACCCUGCACAGUGCAUUAGCGUACACACUGCACACACUGCAUUAUGGUAAAGACUACAUUAGCGUACACACUGCAUUAGCGUACACACUGCACACACUGCAUUAUGGUACACACUACAUUAGUGUACACACUGCAUUAGCGUACACACUGCACACACUGCAUUAGCGUACACACUGCACACACUGCAUUAGCGUACACACUGCAUUAGCGUACACACUGCAUUAGCGUACACACUGCACACAGCUUUAGGGCACACACUGCAUUAGGGCACACACUGCAAACUGCAUUAGGGUACACACUGCACUUGUCAUGAGGGUACACACUGCACACAGUAUUAGGGUACACACCGCACUCUGUGUGAGGGUACACACUGCACACUGCACUCUGCUGACUUCCCCUGCCUCCAUUUAUUGAUGCGAUAUGUUUGAUUUAUUUGUUAACCUUAAUAACUAUGUUUAGACAAUGGUCAGGUACCAUAUCAGUGAAUAUGUACUGGCACUCAUUUCUGUUUGACACAAAUGCUUGCCUAUGAAUAGUUUCUUUGAUGAAAUUAAUAUAUGUAACUAAUAUUUAGUUGCCAGACCAGUGUGUCUGCUUCAGUAUUGCUACAUGCUGCACACAACUCUUUGCUUUUCCUUGAAAUAAAAGAGCAUAUAUAA